UUGCGGUUUGGACCUGUAUGUGUGUCUCACAUCUGCUAACACAUCACAUCUCGAGAGUCAAACGUGAAGGAGAUGGUUUAGUUUUAUAUUUGCAAGGUCGCGACACAGUAAAUAGGACGUGAUUUUGUUUGGAAAUGGUUGAUCAUUAAAAUCAGGGCAAAGUGCACGACUACAUAAGUCAGUGAGGACACGCGUCGAGUAGACUAUCCUCUUGCAUAACUUUUACUUCCAUGCAUCUGAAGUUGGGAGCCGAGAUUUGAGCGUUAUGUGGUAUUUUUGCGAUGUUUUCGGCCGUAUAUGGCAACCGCCGUUUAUUUUAUUUUAUUUGUCUGCGUUUUGGAUCGCACCUGUGUUCCUGCAUCCGCAAUGUUUGGAUUUUAAACCCCCAUUUCAGCCUCAACAGGAGCUUCAGUUUUGUCAAAUGUAUAAAAACUUUGGAUGUUGUGACUAUGCAAGAGACCAAGAGCUGAUGAAAAAAUACUAUCGGGUAAUGGAUAACUUUGAUUAUUAUGGAUAUUCGAACUGUGCCUCGUACGUGCAGGAUCUGCUGUGUCAGGAAUGUUCUCCAUAUGCUGCUCAUUUGUUUGAUGCCGAAGACCCCAGUACGCCUUUACGGACAAUACCUGGACUCUGCCCAGACUACUGCACUCAAUUCCAUUCCAAGUGCAGGUCUUUUCUUACCUUAUUGUCUGAUGAUCCACGUCUUGCAGAACUUGAGCAUGAUCAACGCAAGCUUUGUCAGUAUUUAGAACUGGACGACCCAGAUUACUGCUAUCCUCGUUUGCUGAGUAAUGAACAUUUGAAUAAAAAUCUGGGCCGCACUGCAGCAGACUCUGAAGGCUGCUUACAGUUAUGUUUGGAAGAGGUGGCCAAUGGACUCCGAAAUCCUCUUGCCAUGGUUCAUGCCAAUGAUGGCACACACAGGUUUUUUGUUGCUGAACAAGUUGGCCUGGUCUGGGUGUACCUUCCAGAUCGAUCAAAGCUUGAAAAGCCCUUUCUAAACAUCACAAAAGCCGUGUUGACAUCUCCAUGGGAAGGUGAUGAACGAGGGUUUUUGGGGCUCACCUUUCACCCCCGCUUUAAAUACAAUGGGAAGGUGUACGUCUACUACUCUGUCGAAGUGGGCUUUGAUGAGAGAAUACGUAUCAGUGAGUUCCGCAUCUCUUCUACAGAUAUGAAUGUGGUUGAUCACACUUCUGAGAGAAUCAUUUUAGAGAUCGACGAACCUGCUUCUAAUCACAAUGGUGGGCAGCUUCUCUUCGCCGAUGAUGGAUACUUAUACAUCUUCACUGGGGAUGGUGGAAUGGCAGGAGAUCCAUUUGGGAAAUUUGGAAAUGCACAGAACAAAUCUGCACUUUUGGGAAAGGUUCUUCGCAUUGAUGUAGAUGACAAUGAACGAGGGCCACUGUACAGGAUCCCAGCAGACAAUCCGUUUGUGCAUGAACCCAAAGCUCGGCCGGAGGUGUAUGCCUAUGGUGUGAGGAACAUGUGGAGAUGUUCGGUGGACAGAGGAGAUCCGAUAACCAAGGAGGGACGAGGACGAAUAUUUUGUGGGGAUGUGGGCCAGAAUAAGUAUGAGGAAGUGGACAUUGUGGAAAAGGGCCGGAAUUAUGGUUGGAGAGCAAAAGAAGGCUUCUCUUGUUAUGACAAAAAACUUUGCGCCAACAGUUCCUUAGAUGAUGUUCUUCCAAUUUACGCAUAUCCACACAAAAUGGGUAAAUCUGUCACAGGUGGAUAUGUGUACAGAGGCUGUGAAAAUCCUAAUUUAAAUGGCUUGUACAUAUUUGGGGAUUUCAUGAGUGGACGUCUGAUGAGUUUAAAGGAGAACAGACAAACUGGCAACUGGGAAUACAAUGAGAUUUGCAUGGGUAUAGGUCUGACUUGUUCAUUUCCAGGACUCAUCAACAAUUACUAUCCAUAUAUUAUAUCCUUUGCCGAGGAUGAGGCAGGUGAACUCUAUUUCAUGUCCACUGAAAUACCAAGUGCAACAUCUCCGACAGGUGUUGUGUAUAAGAUUGUUGACCCCUCAAGACGUGCACCUCCAGGAAAAUGUCAUUAUGAACCACAUUCAGUUCGGGUUAAGAGCAACAUUAUACCAUUCGAGCCAAAAGAAACACUGAUAGGAGUCCAUAUUCCAACAAAGCAACCAGAACUAUCAAACACAGAGGAACCCCCUCUUGUUACCACAAAAGACUGGCUUCAAGAGCUGCUAGACAUCUUUAGGGAGGAAGAUGGGCCGAUCACCACAACACCAUUCACCCCAACUACACCCAAACCCGUCAGGACAUCAAGACAGCGGAAGGGCAGACGCAGGAAGGGCAAGCACAAGAAUGGAGCAGUGAGGCUGGCUGGGGAUGAUGAGGGACGGAGGGAUCGGGGAAGGGUGGAGGUUUACGCUAAUGGAGAAUGGGGGACCGUUUGUGACGACCUCUGGAACACCAAGAAUGCUGUGGUUGUUUGCCGGCAGCUCGGGUUCCUCCAUGCACUUAAGGCUGCCAAGCAUGCUGAAUUUGGGGAGGGAACGGGGCUGAAGAUUAUUCUGGAUGAUGUGCAAUGCGAAGGGACUGAGGAAAAUCUUUUGGACUGUCAGCAUGCUGGGAUUGGCACUCACAACUGUGCACACUAUGAAGACGCAGGGGUAAUAUGUGGGAAUUCAGUUUCCGGCCUGCAAUGAUCUUAACAGAUUCUGAAAAGAACCAUUUGUAGCACAUAGGUCUACCUCAUCCUUCCCAACUGCAAUACAGACUAAUAAAACAUAAUAUUUCAAUUUGGUUAUAAUUAUAACAAAAUAUUCAUAGUUUGAUGCUUAAAUUCAUAGACCUAUGUUUAUGCUUUUGUCUGAAUCAAUAAAUUAAAUUGUAUUCUCUUACAAUUGUGAUCACUGCAUAACUUCUGUAACAGUUAAUGGCAUCAUUCAUUCACCAAUAAAUCUGAAAUUAUAAACCGUC